AUGCUGAUAAAAUCGGACAAGAUGGACAGGCAUAACACGAACCACAUCAGUCCGGAGAACAUCAACAUCAUCAAAAAGAUCAUCGAUGAUUUCGAGAAUAGCAACAUACCUGGAAAACCAAAGAAAAAACGGCGUUCGAAAAAGAUCAGCAACAGUGAUUCUUUGAUUCACAAGUACAAAAGAUCUCAAAUCUCCCCUAAAACAGCCUGCUCGUACGACGGGAAUCUGUUAGAUGGGAAUCUUAAAAAAUUUAAACCGUCCUUAAGCCUAGAAGAUGGAUUGGAGAAAGAGACCGAUGUGUACAUUAACUUUGCCGAGCACUGUGAUACUGAAAACGCCGAUGCCAAUGCGUUCAGAGGCAGGCACAAACAGCCGAGAAAAAGUGUGUAUAAUAACAAGAAUGAUGCAUGUUUGGACGAUUACAAGAGCCUACGAGAUACCAAAGUGCAUCAGGAGAGGGUCAAGCAGAACGUCAAAGAGAUAAAGAGUAACAGUGACUCACUUAUUUACACUUGUACUUCACAAGUGUCGGAUAAAUUUAAAAGGUCCGCGUCGAAAGGCAAUACAAAAAAUCAAAAAUCGGACUCUAGCCUAAUAACUGCCAACAGCAACCAUAGUUCGUUUUUAAAUAAAGUCGAAUGUAUGAGGAAGACCAGAGCGUACCGGGAGAGGAUCAAAGGAAACAUCAACGAGAACUGGAAAACACCAGUUCCGUUGUACGCCUCUGUUGGCAACUCAGUGCGAGUGGAGGAUUCAUCUGAGGACGAUGAUGAAGAUUAUGAAGCCCUUGAAGGUGAAGUCGAGACAAAUGGCAAUGAAGAUGAUGACGUACUUGAAGCGGGUGUUCAAGAGGCACAAGGAGAAAGGAGCUGGUCAGAACCAUCAUGUGAUCUUUUCAAUUUUGAUUGCAACAAGACAAACGCAGUUUCUCAACAUUGUUUGAUGCUCUUAGAGCACACCGAAAAAACACCGCUAGAUUUUUAUAAUCUCUUUCUUGAUGAUGAGAUUAUGGAUCUAAUUGUCUCCAAUACAAACCUCUAUGCCACCCAGGAACUUUGUAAGCUCAUUGCGCGAGAAGAAAUUACUACUGGGAGUAGAUAUAAUGCUUGGACUGAUACAAACAGGGAGGAAAUGAAAAUCUUCAUCGCGUUUUUACUAUGGAUGGGACUAGACCGAAAACCCGAAAUUCGCGACUAUUGGAAGAAACAUAUUCUGUACAAAAAUGAUGUCAGUUGCUAUAUUAGUAGAAAUAGGUUUGAAUUAUUGUUGGGAUUCAUCCACUUUGCUGAUAAUGAAAUGGCAUCUCCAGACAACAGACUGUACAAAAUCGAACAUUUACUCCGCUUGCUGAACAACAAAUUUUCCAUAAUGUUUGAACCUGGAGAAAAAAUUACCAUAGAUGAGUCGAUGAUUCCGUUCAGAGGGCGAAUAAAAUUUCGCCAAUACAUUCCAAGUAAGCGCCACAAGUAUGGUUUGAAGGUUUACAAAGUGUGUCUGUUGGGUGGAUACACUUGGCACGCGAAAGUAUACACAGGAAAAGCCUCUUCUGGAAAUCUCACUGUUACCACUAGAACUACUAUGGAACUGAUGGAGCCAUUGUUGGACCAAGGGAGAACCCUGUUUACUGAUAGCUUUUAUACAAGUGUUGAAUUGGCAGAAGAACUUUUGAAAAGAAAAACCCAUUUACUCGGUACCCUUAGAGUGAAUAGAAAACAUAACCCACAUGGAGUUACCAAAGCAAAACUUAGGCGAGGGGAUAUGAAAUAUUUGCAACAUAGUGAGAAAAAAAUCAUUAUUGGAAAAUGGAAGGACAAAAGAGAUGUCCUUUUCUUGACUACAAAACAAGUGCCGCAUUUAGUGGAGAUUGAAAGCAGAGGAGGAAGAAGAAUGCAAAAACCUUCGACCAUAGUGGAUUACAAUUCUGCUAAAGGUUAUAUAGAUUUGUCAGACCAGAUGGCAGAUUGCCUACAUAAUAUUAAAGAAUCGAUUGGUGAACUUAAAAAAUCGACAUUAAAUGGCUGCUGGAAAAACUUAUGGCCAGAAAUUGUGAAGUCUCAUGCGAAGGUGCCUGAUAUCAGAGACGAAUUCAAAGAAAUUGCUGAUUUAGGAAAGUCAUUACCUGGAGAGGGAUUCGAUGAUACGGACGAUAUAAAUCAGCUAUUUCAAUCGCAUAAUGUUGAACUCACUGAAAGAGAACUCAUAGAACUGACGGAGAACAAUUAUGAAGCUCAAGAAAAAGGCGAAGAUGAUGAAUUAGUCCCGGCACCAAAGGAGUUGACGUUGAAAACGCUUAAUAAAUGUUUUACCAUGGCACACGAUCUCACCGAGCUGUUAAUCAGGGAACAUCCUACAAUGCAAAGAAGUUUAAAAACUAAACGAGAGGUUUUGCAGCAUUGGCACCAUACAAGGAAGUUGAGAAUUAACGGUGUUUGGAUAGUAUAG